AUGAAGGCAUUGUAUUACCACGGUCUUGACCAAGUCUUCGAGCAGCCGCGCGAAUUUGAAGUAACGGAUGUGCCAAUCCCUGAGAUAUCUGAUGAUCAAGUCCUGAUCAAAGUAUCACUUUGUGGUAUGUUGUCGCUUCGUACGGGAACGCAGAGAUCGCUCAACGCGGAUGAGCACCAGGUUCUUGCGGUACUGAUCUGCACAUGUGAGCUAAUUCCUGGGCACGAGGUUGUAGGCGUCAUCGAAAAGGUUGGAAGGUCUGUAACAGAGUUCUCCCCCGGCGACAGAUGCGUCGCGGACAACAGUAUCACGUGCGAGCACUGCUUUUACUGCCGUCGUGGUAAUCCUCUGCUUUGCGAGAACUUCGCCAGCCGAGGUGUCACCAUGGCGGGGGGAUUCGCCGAAUACGUUGCAUUCGAAGCCAAGAAGGUCUACAAAAUACACAACCUGACAGACGAAGAGGCGACCCUCGUCGAGCCUGCUGCGUGCGCAAUACAUGGAAUGGAUAGAUUAAACGCCGCCGUUGGUAUAGACGCCCUCAUUGUCGGGGCUGGGCCAACAGGUUUGAUCCUGGCUCAACUCCUCAAACUGAACGGCGCGGCCAAAGUGGUAAUCGCUGCCAACAAAGGGAUCAAAACCCAAGUCGCCAAGGACCUCGACGCUGGCGAUGUCUACAUUGAAUUGGAUAGGGACAACCCCGGCCCUCAGUGGCGGCAACUCAAGGACGACAAUCCUUAUGGUUUCGAUGUCGUGAUCGAGGCCACUGGCUCAGCGGGUGUCGCCAACGAAGCCAUCAACUAUGUCCGUCGUGGUGGGACUCUCAUGAUCUACGGUGUCUAUUCAAAUGACGCGCUCGUACACUGGUCUCCUGCCCAAAUUUUUAGCAAUGAAAUCCGAAUAGUUGGGUCGUUUGCGCAGGUACUUUGCUUCCCUCGAGCGGUGGCGUACCUUGACAGCGGAAAAAUCAACGUCAAGGGAAUGGUCACGGACGUAUUUAGGCUGGAAGAUUAUGAUAAAGUCUUGGAGAAGAUGAAAGACAAGAGCGCUGUGAAGAUUGCUGUUCGACCAACGUAG